GUCGGCGACAAAAGGGGCGGAGUCAGACUCGCAGAGUAAGCGGUCGGUCCGCGGCUGAAGAUGGCCGAGUACCAGGCGGUGCAAUGCGGCGCCCUCCGGCUGAAAGGCGUCGCUGAUCUCGGUGUUAAGAAGAAGAAAAAGAAGAAUAAGGAAACCAAGAAAAUGCUGGAACAGAUCACCUCAAACAAGCAGCAGCAUGAAGAUGGUGGAGAAGGGAAACGAGCAUCUAUAGACAAGAGGACUCCAGCACAAAAGGCAUUUGACAAGAUGCAGGAGAAGCGGCAAAUUGAAAGGAUCCUAAAGAAGGCAUCAAAAACCCACAAACAGAGUGUUGAGGAGUUUAACCGACACCUGGAUACUUUGACGGAACAUUACGAUAUUCCUAAAGUCAGCUGGACUAAAUGAGAUGGUUGCAGCUUUGGACAGCAUUUUUACUGGGGUUCCUGUUAUUAUUUUCAGUGUUCUCUAUAUCUGUAAUAAACACAAUAGAUUGUCACAGUUCCUGUGUUAACUUGCGUGACAAGAGACCUGCAUCUCAGGUAAUGGAUACAUCAGCAUCAUACCACUUUGUAAAAACACAGUGCCUGACUAAAGUAUUCAGCCACCAACCCUUUGUUCACAUGAUUGAAUAUUACAACCAGGGAUUUUGUUCAAUUUAACUGAAAGUUUUUAUUUGUGAAUCACAUGCUGUGUUUUUUUUUACAAUGGAGCCCACAAAACAGUGAAAAUUGUAAAGCAUGAAAAGCUAAAAUAAUUCAGAAACUGAAAUGUUAGCUGUUUAAAAGUAUUCAUCCCCGCCCCCGGCUUUGUUCAGUACUUAGUUGAAUCAUUUCUUGCAGCUAUUGCAACCAGUAGUCUUUUGGAUAAGUCGCUAUUAGCUUUGCACAAUGUGAUAGAGCAAGAUAUGCCCAUUCCUUCUUGCAAAGUUGCUCAAGCUUUGGCGGGUUAGUUGGGGAGUGGCAGUGGACAGCAAUCUUGAGGUCUUGCCAGAGAUGUUCAAUUGGAUGAAGGUCAGGACUCUGAGCCGCUCAAGGACAUCAAUCUUUUGCAUUUGAAGCCACUCCGUGGUUACUCUGGCAGUGUGCUUUGGGUUAUUGUCAUGCUGAAAGAUGAACUUCCUCCCCAGUUAAGCUCUGUAUUUAACAUCAUUCAUCAUCCUUAGAACAUUAAAAACGUUCUGCACAACUGCCCACUCUCACCUGAUUUAGCUGACACUGACCUGCUCAACAUCAACCAAACAACACCAGAGUGGCUGGCUGUCUGGUGUGACAAGCUAUGAUGAUGAUCCUUAAAACUCUUCAAGAAAUACCUAUUUUGCAAGGCUUUAGAUUGUGGAGCAAUGAACUUCAUCUCCACUUGCAGCCACUGACUUCCGCAGCUCACUCAGUGACUGUUGGCGUCACAGCAGCCUCUCUUACAAGUGCUAUUCUUCUCUGGUGACUAUGUUUAGAGGGUUGGCCUGACCUAGGCAAUGGGGACUGGAUACUUUUUCAAGGCACUGUAGUUUUUCUGGCUGACCUUGCUUUUGAAAUGAUUUGUUCUUAGCUUUAGAGAAAGAUAAAUAACUUAUUGAUCAACUUUGCAAAGAUAAAUGCAGAAAAUGGUAGCCUGUCAUGUGACCUUGAGAGCAAGUUUUGUACCCUGUAUGUUGUUUUAUCUCAGCUAUUUUUUUUUUAUUUAACAUUUGCUUAGUUUUAGAUCCCAGUCCACAUACAGCAUAUUAUAACUUGAAUCUUGUUAGUCUGCCUGCGGUACACCUUACAGUGAGGCAUUGUGGAGGCAGUUUCUCUCCACAUGCGGUCUAAAGCUGAAUUCAUUUUGAAACAGGCUUCAUUUUAAAUGUGACCAGGCAAGUUUAUUGGAAGAAGAGAGAAAUAUCCAGAAAGGAAGAGCCAACAUUUUACGAGUGACUUUGCAAAGGAACUGCAUCUUCCAUUGUUGGGAGUAGAGUUCUGACUGAGAUGUUUGGCUGUUGAGUUAAUAGAAUGUAAGCAAACAACAACGGGAAUUCUGCAGAUGCUGGAAAUUCAAGCAACACACAUCAACGUUGCUGGUGAACGCGGCAGGCAGAAUGUAAGCUAUGUUUUGUCAGUCUUGGAGGUGAGAAGGUUAUGCAUGUGAAUAUCCAGUUCAUCAGUUAAUUGCAUUUUUUGUGUAUCAUGUUUGGCUGCAUUAACUGACUGCACCCAGUUUCAAUACGUGGGAUGUUCUGAGUUCUAUAUUAUGAAAGCCUUUUGUUUUCUCCAAUGUGUAAUUUGCUUUUUUGUUAUUUUGUGAUUCCUUUUGGGGGGGCAAUUCUGUUGUGACCAUGAGACAGAAGGUUGAGAAGAAAUUUUCAUGAAUUUGAGUUUCACUAUUCAGCUGCCACCUUUUUCCUGGUUACCUCAGGAGAUCUUUGUGUUUCUUGCUUUGUGCCUCACAGCAAUAUUACCUUUUUUGUAUAAUAACUUGAAACUCUUAAUUAUUCUAGCAUUUCACAGAUAAAUAAUUUUUUUUAAGUUGUUCUUCAUAGACAUAUUCAUCUCACCUGGAUUCUGAAUGCUUCUUCAUUACUCUUGCCUACCUUGCUCUAAAAUGCAACAACUAUUCUAGUGACUGUGAGCAGAAUAGCAUUGGGUUGGUUUUCUGCAAAUGGUUCAGCAGCAAUCUGGCCAGAAAAUUGUGGUUUGACAUUCACAGAACAGAAACUUGAGCACAAAAUCUGGACAGUCUGAUGUUCCACUAUUGGAGAUACCGUUUCUGGAUGAGACAGCAAAAGUCUCCUUUUUUUUUGUUCAACGUCACAAACUAGGUAAUUAUCUGAACGUUUGUAGGAAUUUUGUGUGAGUAAAUAGUUGCUCUGUAUCUCUAUCUGAAUGUAGAAUCAUUUUUAAAAGCACUUUAGCUGUAAAAAGCAUUAGGAUAUCCUCAAAUUAAAGGUACUCCAAGUUAAUCCAAGGAUAUGGUAAAAGCAGAAUGAGGGAAUAGAACUGGCACAGGAUGGUGAAAAAGAACAAUGACUGGGCCUCCACAGCCUGCUGGGAUAGUCAUCUCCAUCAUAGGCUGUGUGCUUAGCUGCCUGCUCUGUUCACUUUAAACUCAUGGCAGUGGCUAAGCACGGCUCCAGUGCCAUAUCCCAGCCCCUUCAGCAAUCUGACCAUGGAAAUAGCCACAAAUCCUCCGCAGCCAACCUCUUCUGGGGAAAAUCUGCACCUUCCAUCCAUGCUGCUUGGCAUCUGUAACCAGCUCAGCGUAUCUUACAAGUUUCCACUCGUACGCCUCGCAGACUGCAUCUUCCCAGGGCCCUGUGAGCUCUGAGAUUACUACGGCCUUCAGACUGCUGGACCACAAGACCAAAUCUGGUCUGACGGUGGUAGUGACUACCUCCAGGGGAAAUAUUAGCCUUUUGUCAAGGUGGACAGCCAUGUUUCAGUCAUGAGCAGGUUUCAGUAUGCCUGACACCAGCUGUGUCACUGAGGGAGGCACUGUCUGUCCUUGCUGGACAAAGGGGAUGGUGGUUCUUCCAGUCAUAUGGGGCUUAGAGUUGUUUUCAGCCUUUGCUUCUCCACAAUGGAUGUCAAACAUCUGAGGACUUGGUUGUGCCUCCAUUGUAACUUCCUUGAGUGAGGCUUGCUUUGCAAGAUCAGAGGAUGUGCUUGAGGUUUGUGGCUUUUCCACAGAGUGAACAAGCUGGGUCUUCACUGAGCCACUGGUUCAGAUUUUUGGGUGUUGGGAGAACAUCACAAACAGUUCUUAUCAGGAAGCUAAUCUUCCUUCCUUCCUUUUCGCAUAAGUCUUUCCAGCUGAAUUUUCUUUUCUGGAUGUUGUCCAUUGACCCUGUUUUUCCUGAGACUUUGCUCUUGCACGCCUCAUCUGCUCCCCCUGUUGCUGUACCUCCUCCACCACCAUAACUUGCCUUUGCUUUUGUGUUGCAGUCUUUUGCCAAAUGGGCCUAUUUGAGCCUGUGCCAAGGCCCCCCCUUUCAGAUUGCACCUGGCCCACCAUGUCUGCAAACCUGAGUGCUGCUUUUGCCUGUUUUACUAACUCUGCUGGACACCAUUUCUCCCUGCUAAGGUCCUGGGUGCAGUAUCCCGGACAAUAAAGAGAUUUCGAGAGAGUCGUUUCAAGCCUCACCUUGGCACACUUGAACUCUUCGGUCAGCCGCAUCACAGACAACUCCAGAGCUCCUUUGCCAUACAGGUUGAUGUUACUUAGCGAUCUUGGUAGGCCUAUCCACUUCUUAAUGAUGGAGCUAACUGUCCCCUCCAGCUUUUCAACAUGAGUGAUGUGGACUUCAUACGGAGUCAGUGGCCACAACACCUGGGGGUGCAAUCCAAACUGAAAGCACCAGAGCUUGAGGUUUCCUGGCAGCAAGGUCGUAUCGGGGUGUAGCUAUGGGCACUCGCAUGGGCCCCAGCUAUGCCUGCCACUUCGUUGGUUAUGUGGACGGUCUGUGCUCCAAACCUCUUCUGGUACUGCUCCCCAACUUUUCCUUCGCUACAUUGGUACUGCUUCCUGCACCCAUGCUGAGCUCGUCAAUUUCAUCAACUUUACUUCAAACUUCCAUCCCAGUCCUCAAAUUCACUUGGUCUAUCUCGGACACUUCUCUCCCCUUUCUCGAUCUCUCGGUCUCCAUCUCUGGAGACAGACUGUCCACUGACAUCUUCUACAAGCCUGACUCUCAUAACUACCUCGACUAUACCUCUUCCCACCCCGCCACAUGCAAAAAUGCCAUUCCCUAUUCCCAGUUCCUCUGUCUCCACUGCAUCUGCUCCCAGGAUGAGGCAGAACAUCCAGGACAUCUCAAAUGUCCUCUUUCUUUAAGGAUCGUGGUUUCCCUUCUACCGUCAUCAAUGAUGCCCUCACCCGCAUCUCCUCCAUUUCCUGCACUUCAGCCCUCACCCCAUCCUCCCAUCACCACAACAGGGACAGAGUUCCCCUUGUCCUCACCUACCACCCCACCAGCCUCCGGAUCCAGCACAUUAUCCUCCACAACUUCCACCACCUUUAACCGGACCCCACCUCUAAGCACAUCUUUCCCUCUCCACCCUUCUCCACUUUCUGCAGGGAUCGGCCCCUCCGCGACUCCCUGAUCCACACGUCCCUCCCCACAGAUCUCCCACCCGGCACUUAUCCCUGUAAGCGUAAGUGCUACACCUGUCCCUACACCUCCUCUCUUGCCACCAUUCAGGGCCCCAAACAGUCCUUCCAGGUGAGGCAACACUUCACUUGUGAGUUUGUUGGGGUCAUCUAUUGCAUCCGGUGCUCCCGGUGUGGCCUCCUCUACAUCGGUGGAACCCAACACAGAUUGGGGGACCGCUUCGUCUUGCACCUCCGCUCCGUCCGCCACAACAGACAGGAUCUCCCGGUAGCCACCCACUUCAACUCUGCUUCCCAUUCCCAUUCGGAUAUGUCCAUAAAUGGCCUCCUCUACUGCCAUGAUGAGGGUAAACUCAGAUUGGAGGAGCAAAACCUCAUAUACCGUCUAGGUAGUCUCCAGCCCCUUGGUAAAAAACAUAGAAUUCUCCAACUUACGGUAAUUCACUUCCCCUCCCUUCCCCUAUCCCUAUGUCACUCUGCCCCCUUCCCCAGCUGCCUAUCCCCUCCCUCAUGGUUCCACCUCCUUCUACUACCCAUUGUAUUUUCCCCUAUUCCUUCUUCACCUUUCCUGCCUAUCACCUCCCUGCUUCCCCUCCCCCACACCUUUAUCUUUCCCCCUAUUGAUUUUUCACCUGGAACCUACCAGCCUUCUCCUUCCCACCCUCCCCCCACCUUCUUUAUAGGGCCUCUGCCCUUCCCCCUUCAGUCCUAACGAAGGGUUCCAGCCCGAAAUGUUGACUGAUCUUUUCCAGGGAUGCUGCUCGACCUGCUGAGUUCCUCCAGCAUGUUGUAAAGGUCUUACCGAUAUCUUUAAGCCCUUUGAUGAUUUCUUCUCUCAGCAGUUUCACUUGAUUUGUAUCACCUGAGGUUUGCAUCGUACCAAUGCCCCAUGCUUUUAAUUGGCAUUUCUGACACAGUAAGAUUGCUUUCCCAUCCACAUGGAACUUGUAGUCAGUCGACCAGCCUUCCUUUCACUAUAGAAAUGCUCCUAGACUACUUUGUUUUACUCAUCGUUCAGGCCCAUUUGAUGUCUGAAUGCAGCUUCUCAAGCAAUCAUUUGGUACAUGGGAUGGUAGUUGUCAGGAUGGUUAAAUCAUCCAUAGGUGCCUAGACUGCUGAUAGGCGUAGUCCUGUCUUCAGUUGUUCUCCUCCAACUACUCAUUUAGAAGCUCAAAUGAUUACUUCCACUGCCAUGUCAAAGGCUAGUGAAGAGAUGGGCAUAAUGGCAGGUUGUACCACCUCCACAGGCUGCCAGGCUGUGUUGUACUCUGCAAUUAUCAGUGAGAACCGGAGAUAUCAAAAGUAGGCUCUGAUCAGGGUUGUAACAUACUCUGGUACAUGGAAGAAUUCAAAUGAAGACCACAGGAGGUUAUGUGAGACCAACCCAAAAGCAUUGGCUAUGUCUAAGAACAAGACACGGAGGAGUCUGCCACUUUUAGCGGUUUGUAUUUAAUGCAAAAUGAUACUUGUGUGUUCAAAGCAGCCAGGAAAACCUGGCAACCCUGCCUUCUGCACAUGUGUGUCGAUGAAGUUAUUUUUCUCCAGGUAAGUAGACAACCUUUGUGCUAUAACACUGCAAAAUAUUUCCUCUUCAAUAUUUAAUAAGGAUAACAUCUCAGAUGAAUCACACAUAAAUAACAAACUAAAGUAUAUUAAAGUUAAAUACUGUAAGGUACAGAACAUAUGGUCUGGUAUGGAAACACCAACACCCUUGAACAGAAAAGUCUACUAAAGGUAGUGGAUACAGCCCGGUCCGUUACAGGUAAAGUCCUCCCCACAUCUACAAGGAGUGCUGUCACAGGAAAGUAGUAUCCAUUAUUAACUAAGUCAAGCUCUUGUCACUGCUGCCACUUGGAAGGAGAUACAGGAGCCUUGGGUCCCACAACCAGACUCAGGAACAGUUAUUACCUCUCAACCAUCAGACUCCUGAACCAGAGUGAUUACUUCACCCGCCCCAACCUAUGGAUUCACUUUCAAGGACUCUACAACUUGUAAUAAAUAAUCAUUUAUUACAUACUUGUCUAUUAUUAUUGUUUUUUUUAUAUUUACAGAAUUUGUCUUUUGUACAUUGGUUGUACAUCUUUGUGUGUAGUUUUUCAAUGAUUCUAUUGUUUCUUUUUAUUUACCAUGAAUGCCUGCAAGAAAAUGAAUUUCAUGGUAGUAUAAAAUGAUGUAGAUAUCUUGAUAAUAAAUUUACAAUGAACUUUAGAACACCACAUGUACUGGUUC